AUGAAUACCCUCCUUCUCCUAACACUCGUCUGCUUGGCGAUUCCCGCCCUCAGCUAUGGCGGCUACUAUGACUUCAGUGGCUGCAACACCUCCUACUGCCACUCCGGCAUGUACCACGGUUACGGCUGCAGCCAUGGCCACUGUAGCUACGUCUGCUACGGCAGCUACUGCGGCUACGGCGGCUACGGAGGCUGGGGUGGCUACGGCUGGGGCGGCUACGGCGGCUGGGGCGGCUACGGUGGUUGCCACGGUGGAUGGUGCGGCGGCUAUGGCGGAUACGGCGGUUACGGCUGCUUCGGUGGACACUGCGGCCACUACGACUUCAGCUCCUGUACCACGACAACCUGUGUGUCUGGCGGCUACCACGGCUAUGGCUGCCACCACGGCAUGUGUGACUACGUCUGCUACGGUGGAUACUGCAGCUAUGGCGGGUACGGCUACGGUGGCUAUGGCUGGGGCGGUUAUGGCUACUAA